UUGUUGGGGGGGAUGAUGUAGCAGACUGCGUUACGCGGUGGAAUAAACAGCCUCGUCUUCUUGGGACUGACUGAUUCUGCUGAGUACGUUGGCUCUGUUGGCUCUGUGACGAGGGUCCUCUGACUGCCCUCUCCGUUCCUUUCUUCCUGUGACGACGGUAGAGGAUUCACUCAGUCCUCCGACUACCCUCUGCUCUCUGUUCCUCUCCGAUCCUCUCCUCCCUUGACGAGGGUACAGGAUUAACUCAGUCCUCUGACUGCCCUCUCCUCCUCUCCAUUCCUCUCUGUUCCUCUUCUCUGUUCCUCCCUUUCUGUGACGAGGGUACAGGAUUUAAUUAUUAUUAUUUUGAUUUGUUUUACCUUUAUUUAACUAGUCAAGUCAGUUAAGAACAAAUUCUUAUUUUCAAUGACGGCCUAGGAACAGUGGGUUAACUGCCUCGUUCUGGAUUUACUCAGUCCUCUGACUACAGACGAGACCCUGUCCUCGUCUAUUCAUUGGACUGAUUGGAAGGUACAGUAAAUUGAUGGAACAGCAGCGGGGUGCAGGCGCUCCAGAGGGUGUGGUGUCGGGGGUGCUGACCCCUCCCGUCAGGAGGAACAGUAAAUUGGCCAGUCUGGGACAGAUCUUUAAACCCUGGAAAUGGAGGAAAAAGAGGAACGGCCAGAUCCAACAGAACUCCACAGCUUUAGAGCGGACCCGGGAUGAACUGGCCAAUAGGGGCCUGGAGGGGAUUGAACCAGAGUUUUGUGAGGCAUGUGGGGGGUUAGAAGACCCUGACACUCCCAGCCAAUCUGACGCAGAGGAGAGAGAGGAGGAGGAGCCUUUGGCGCCCCUGGCAACCACCUCAGAGUACCUGGUCAGCGAUGAAGACAACCCAUCUACAGCUGUUGAUCUGACAGAAGACACUUUGACAGUGGCAGACCAGAGUGAGGACGGAGGGGAGGAGGACACUUCCCUCUGUGAGCCCUGUGUGGACAGCUUUCUGGUACAGGCUGAGACAGGAGGGGGGCAGGACACACCUCACCCCAUGGACCCCCCAUGGGACCUCCCACACCCCAACCUGCCCAAACUACUUACCAGGCUGGGCAGCCUAGAGGGUCCUCACCCCUUCCCUAAGUCGGAUCCCAACCUAGAGAGGAAGAAGUCUCCAGCCACUCUACCCAGGAACUUCACUUUGCCCAGGACUACCCAGGGUUCCUUGCUGCGAGGACGGAUCUCCACCCCUACCGGUUCCCCUCACCUGGGGGCACUGCGACCCCCACCGCCCCCCAGCUGUAUUAUAGAGGAGCUACAUCGAGCCCUGGCCACCAAACACAGACAGCACAGUUUCCAACCGAAGGAAAUGAGCUCUUCUCCGAAGCUUCGGUACGACAGUCGUCUGUCGCGUACAGCCAGCGUGGAGAAAGUCCCAACCGGAGGGAUGGAGAGAGAGAAGGAGAGAGAGAAGGAAUCAGACGAGAACAAGGAGAACAGACGUCUAGAUGAAUUCUACAACGACCCUGACCGCUGGAAUGACUCUGUCAUCUCCGGCACCCUGCCGCGGCGGAUUCGUAAGGAGUUGUUAACGGUGAAGCUUCGUAACCGGCCCAGUCAGCAGGAGCUGGAGGACAGAAACAUCUUCCCUGUUCGCUCAGACCUGGAGAGACAGGAGACACGACAGCACAUAGAGACCAAGCUGGCCAAGCGGCUGAGCCAGAGACCCGCGGUAGAGGAGCUGGAAAGUCGGAACAUCCUCAAACAGAGGAACGACCAGUCAGAGCAGGAGGAGAGGAGAGAGAUCAAACAGAGACUCAACAGGAAGUUGAACCAGCGUCCUACAGUAGAUGAGUUGAGGGACAGGAAGAUACUGAUUCGUUUCAGUGACUAUGUUGAGGUGGCCAAGGCUCAGGACUACGACCGCAGGGCAGACAAACCCUGGACCAGGCUGUCUGCUUCAGACAAGGCAGCUAUAAGGAAGGAGCUGAAUGAGUUCAAGAGCAACGAGAUGGAGGUUCACAAUUCCAGCAAGCACCUGACAAGGUUCCAUCGACCGUAGUGUAGAGGUAGUUUCUUCUGUGAAGAAGCAGCUCUGUGGUCAGUGUAGACCAUGUGACAGUCUCCUGUUCCCAGGCCCAGUCUCCUGUUCCCAGGCCCAGUCUCCUGUUCCCAGGCCCAGUCUCCUGUUCCCAGGCCCAGUCUCCUGUUCCCAGGCCCAGUCUCCUGUUCCCGGAUGUUCGACCUACAGAUUUCUGUCUGUCUCUCUACCAACAUGGAGGAGCUGUCUGUCUCUCUGUGUGUCACAAUGGAGGCUAUGUCUCUAGAGCUGGAGCCCAAGACAGAUAAAAUCAGACUGAUAAACUCUUAAAGGUACUAUUAACACGUCAAUGUGUGCUGUUUCCUGGAUGUCAUCCAAUGAGAAAAAUACUCCUGGAUGUCAUCCAAUGAGAAAAAGACUCCUGGAUGCCAUCCAAUGAGAAAAAGACUCCUGGAUGCCAUCCAAUGAGAAAAAGACUCCUGGAUUCCAUCCAAUGAGAAAAAAGACGAAUGAAGAAGACGGCACCACUUACUAGUUCACAAGUCAUUUCUCUCAAUUCACUCCAAGCCAGCAGUCUGUACGAAUCACAAUCAGAAAACUUUAUUGCUACGCAACAAAGGUUGCUAAGAAUUUUCUCUCAAUGUUAUUUUCAAGUUUUACGGGUUCUGGAUGAUAUAAAUCAUCCAACCAAAUGCAGGUUCCUUCUCGACAAUGGAACAACAAGAAAUAAUAAAAAGAGUAAAACACAAACAUAAAGGAUAAUAAGACAUUUACCUUUAUUUUUACACUUUAGUCAUUAAACAGAGGCUCUUAUUCAGAGGGACUUACAGGAGCAAAUAGGGUUAAGUGCCUUGUUUUACCAGCAACCUUUCAGUUACUGGCCCAAUGAUCUUAACCGCUAGGCUACCUGCCGCCAGAUAAAGGUUCAAACGGAUGAGACAGUACAUCCCCCAAACUGCUGGUAUGGAAUAAACUGAUAGAAAUGAUGUUGUCUGUGAGUGCUGGUCGUCUUGUUUCGUAGUGGAGUUAGAUCGUUUGGAUUAGUCAAAAGGGAGGAACUAUGAAGAGCCUUCAUCUUAGCCCAGUGGAACCAGCUCAUAGGGAGGAACUAUGAAGAGCCUUCAUCUUAGCCCAGUGGAACCAGCCCAUAGGGAGGAACUAUGAAGAGCCUUCAUCUUAGCCCAGUGGAACCAGCUCAUAGGGAGGAACUAUGAAGAGCCUUCAUCUUAGCCCAGUGGAACCAGCCCAAAGAGAGGAACUAUGAAGAGCCUUCAUCUUAGCCCAGUGGAACCAGCCCAUAGGGAGGAACUAUGAAGAGCCUUCAUCUUAGCCCAGUGGAACCAGCUCAUAGGGAGGAACUAUGAAGAGCCUUCAUCUUAGCCCAGUGGAACCAGCCCAUAGAGAGGAACUAUUGUAGAAAGGCUAUGAUACGUGGAGUGAAACAGAAUGGUGAAGGCAACGAUCAGACUUGUUUCACCAGGGUACCUCCAACCUGCUCAGAGACAGGGAUCAGACUUGUUUCACCAGGGUACCUCCAACCUGCUCAGAGACAGGGAUCAGACUUGUUUCACCAGGGUACCUCCAACCUGCUCAGAGACAGGGAUCAGACUUGUUUCACCAGGUUACCUUCAACCUGCUCAGAGACAGGGAUCAGACCUGUUUCACCAGGUUACCUUCAACCUGCUCAGAGACAGGGAUCAGACUUGUUUCACCAGGUUACCUUCAACCUGCUCAGAGACAGGGAUCAGACUUGUUUCCCCAGGGUACCUCCAACCUGCUCAGAGACAGGGAUCAGACUUGUUUCACCAGGUUACCUUCAACCUGCUCAGAGACAGGGAUCAGACUUGUUUCACCAGGGUACCUCCAACCUGCUCAGAGACAGGGAUCAGACUUGUUUCACCAGGGUACCUCCAACCUGCUCAGAGGAAACAUCUUUUCUCCUUCAGAGGAACAUCUGAACAUUUUGUCUUAUAAACUUGUUUCUACAAGUCAGGGGAUGGAGGAGACGCCAGGUUACGUCUCAAAUGGCACCCAGUUCCCUAUAUAGUGCACUACUUUAGACCAGGGUUCCCUAUAUAGUGCACUACUUUAGACCAGGGUCCCCUAUAUAGUGCACUACUUUAGACCAGGGUUCCCUAUAUAGUGCACUACUUUUGACCAGGGCCCUUAUGGACACAGACCUUGAGGAGGUCAUUUCUAUGUCAGAGGACAGAAGAUACCAGGUCGUGUCUGCCAUACUUUUUUCAAAACAGACUCUUUGAAAGCAUUUACGAACAAUGGCCUUGGAAACACCUUGGAAACACUAGCAGAACAG